AUGUCCGACCAGCCUGCGACUGUCGCUGCUCCCACGGCCCGGUCCGACCUAGCGUCGGCCGUUGAGUCAGCUCCGGCGCCGCAGCCAGAGUUAGUUCCCGCUGCUGAUCCACAGGAUGGUGACGAGAGUGAAACUGAUUCUGCUGUUGGUGAUGACGCCGCCAGCUCCACUGCUUCCAUCACAUCGAGCAUUCUUGAGUAUCGUACUAUCCAGGGCCGAACUUUUCACAGUGAUAGACACCCUACUGAGUACUUUACUCCUAACGAUGAGCAACAGUCUGCAUCGAUUGACAUCAACCAUCAAGCCUUGACACUACUUUUGGGCGGGAAGCUCUUCCUUGCACCUGUCAAGUCUAACGUGCAGAAAGUACUUGACGUCGGCACCGGAACUGGUAUCUGGGCCAUCGACUUUGCAGACGAGUACCCUGAGGCUGAAGUCAUUGGCUCUGAUUUGUCUCCAAUCCAGCCUACUUGGGUCCCUCCCAAUGUAAAGUUUGAGAUCGACGACGCCACGCUCCGCUGGACGUGGGAUGACAACACUUUUGACUUCAUCCAUAUCCGCUACCUCUUUGGCGCCAUUAAGGACUGGGCCUCUCUCUUUAAAGAGGCCUAUCGCUGCUGUGCCGUGGAUGGUUGGAUUCAAUCCGGCGAGGCUGAUGUGCGAAUUCGUAGCGACGACGGCACUACUGAUGAUCUUGACUGUCUAAAGCUCUGGGCAAAACUAUUCACUGAGGGAGGUAAAUUGCUGGGAAACUCGUUCUUUGUUCAGGAUGGAGAUCUGCAGGAAAAGGGAAUUCACGAGGCCGGGUUCACUGAUAUCAAGAGCAUUGAGUACAAGUUCCCUAUCGGUGGGUGGCCGAAGGACCCUGAGUUGAGGGAAGUCGGAAACUUUGUCCGAGCCACACUCGAGAAUGACCUUGAGGGCUACACGCUCCUCCUUUGGAAGACUAUCCUCCAAUGGCCUGAAGACGAGUACCAAGUCUUCCUCAUGGAGAUGCGCAAGUUCCUCCGUAACCGCAAGGUUCAUCCCUACAUGACUGUUCGAUACGUCUAUGCUCGAAAGGCAGAGGAGUCUUAA